CCACGGUCGUCUUGCAGGUGCUCGCGUCGUCCACGUGCGUUUCAUGGCCGACGUCUUUCGGAGGCUGCCACUGCUGGUGCUGGUCGUCCUCCUGCUUGUCCUCGUAGUGCUCUUCCACGUCUGUGUCGUCGGCAUCGUUCCGCAACGUCGGCGCAGGCGACGGUGUGCAAAGAAGGACGUCAGUAUGGAUGGGCGGCAGGCGGUUUGCAGGUCUGCAGGGGGUGAGGGUGGUGGCCAACGGGCCGGGCAGAGCCCGUCUAGAGGUUCAAGGGCGGUGGAGCGGUCGGAGUACCCACACCUGCCACCGCACUUGCAGCCUUUGCCGGACACAUCGAACGAGGAGGAGGACAACAGACGUUCACGUGCCGUGCCGCUAGGAAGCGGGUCUACGCAGGAGUGGACGUCCACAGAGCUUUGUGGAAGCCGCGAGCCCAGUUACGGGCAUGGGAGGUUGUCGUCUUCGACGCGGACAGUGCUAGUCGACAAUCGUCCCGAUGACGAUGGCGCCCAGGUGACGGCUGUUGCACGAUCGUCGAAGUCUCCAGCGUCGUCGGUCCGCGUGGCGUCGGGGAACAACAGGGAUCCUCGUACGCAGCAAUACAGGGCGUCGUCUGCUUCAAGGGGUGCCUCGGCUCGCCCGUCGUGGAUGUUGUCCCCGUCUCCCCUGUCCGGCAAUUCGAGUGCGGCUCGCAAUCGGGGGGAAUGCGGGGAGCAUGAUUGUGGGAUCGAGGAAAGAGGUGACAGACGCGACGGGAGGGAGGUGUGGGAAGAACAGCGACGGAUGCUCCAUCCGCGACGACAAGAAUCCAUAACACGGGGCGUGCAGCGACUGCGAGUGGUGGACGACGAAAACGACGGCGACACACCUGAUGUCGGUGGCAACGACCAGGACUUGAACGACGACGACUGCGGGGGUGGGGAGGACGACGCAGGUCAAGUGUCGCCAUCCAAGCAAAGCAGCAUGGGGGGGAAGGGCGGGAGGGUGAAGGUGUCUGUUCGCAACGGUCGGCGGGGGAAGAAGGCGAUGGGGAAGGGGAGCGUCGUCGAAGCUGAUGGCGAUGCAGAAGGCGAUCGUCAUUUUUGGUCCAUCGACGACAUGGUGGCCCUCAUACGGGCUAAACGUGACCAGGGCGCGCAUCUGCAGGGAAUGGGCACCGCGUACGCUCGUAUGAAGCCGCGAGAAUUGAAGUGGUUGGAUGUGGAGCAAAGGCUGAAGAAGGUGGGCGUGGAGAGGGAGGCAGAACGGUGCGGGAAGAAGUGGGACAAUUUGAUGCAGCAGUUCAAGAAGGUUCACCGCUUCCAAGGCUUGUCCGGGAAACAGGACUUCUUCCAGUUCACAGGGAAGGAGCGGUUGUCGAAGGGCUUCAGUUUCAACAUGGAUCACACUGGUGCUCCGGGGGGUGUGCGCCUGCCGUCGGCGAAUUCUGGUGAUCCGGAGUCUGUCGGGGAUCGGGGCGCUGCUGUAGGGCUGGACGACGACGGCGACGGGUCGACGAGAGGUUCUUCUCAGACAACGGGAGGCCCUACUGGCUUCGGCAAGAGGAAGAGCACGAGGCAACAAACUUUCGACGCUCUGUCGGAAUGCAUGGAGAAGCACGGGGCUUUGGUGGUGUCGACGAUGGAAAGCAACAGCAAACGGAAGUGUUCAAUCCAAAUCCGGCAGUGCGAGGCAUUGGAAGCGGAGGUUGAGGUGCAGAAGAAACACUACGCUGCGUCCGACAAAGUUAGCAAACUGAUGUGCCACGCUCUGCUUGAGAUAGCGAAGGCCAUCCGCGAGCACGUCCCUUCGCCUUCCACGCCGUCUUCGGACUGCGCCAACGUCUUCCCGUGCGCCUUCGUCGCCUUUUUCGCCGUCAUCAUCUGCGUCUUCGACACCGACGUCCCUCACUCGAACCUUGUCGCCUUCGUCACCAUCUGCGCUGUCACGCUGUCGAAGGACUUCGACGUCGUGCUCUAUUCCCUCAUCAUCGCCACUCUUCUUGGCGGUGAAACAGGCCGUCACUCCAGCCACCAUCCUUGCGUGUCGUGGAGGGUGUGUCGUGCGCCAUGGCAUCCCGAGGUUCUAGACGCGGGAGGUCUGCCGGGAAACAGGCGGUCGACACGUCUCUCCGGGAUAAAAGGGGCCGCCACGUGGCGAACAAACAGAGAAAGCUCGUCCAAGGGGCCUCUGCGAUACGUCGAAAGCGACUUCGCCGAAUCGGAGGAAAUCCCAAUGAAGCGCAAGUCCUCCAGAAGGCAGACUGGAGCCCUCCGGAUCGAUGACGUCGGCGAGAGGCAUAGCGCAGGUGGCCGCGGGGCAAAUGAACAAGACGUCAAUGUCGCCGCUCGUCUGGCGACGGGCCGAGCCGGGGGGAGUGCCGCCAUGCAGCAGAACCGUGCGCCUUUGCCACGUGUCAGCGAACCCCCGGCCGCGCAAGAGGUAUUCGUCCGCGGGCGAACGCCGUCAACCCCGCGACAAACGACGGCCACAAAAGUCGGCGUCGCCGCACAAGGCAUUGGUCAGGGGAUCGCCAGCCGAUCUCCUGCGCAUGACGAGCGCGGGGCAUCGACGGCGGUUGCGGCGCGCGCUACAGAAAUGGCAAAGGCAGGCGCCGCAACGGCGGGUGGUGCGUCCCAGGCUGCUGAAGGGGGGAGGUCAGUCGGGGCGGCAACUGUGGGGGCUUCACAUGCGGUGGAAGGAGCCAGGGCAGGUGGGGGGAAUGCUGGCGAAGGGAGCAGGGCAGGCGCCGUCGCUGGAGUCGGGGAGGACGAUGAAGCCCUGGCGAACAGGGUGCGCCAGCGGAGCGCGCGUGAAGGGAUCGACGUGGCGUCCAAACUGUGGGUGGACGACAUUCAUUUCUGGAACGGGACAGAGGGAAACGCCAUUGUCAAGCUCAUCGCUUACAUCGAAGACAGGCACGAGGACGAUGAGCAGGCGGCGUAUCAGGAAGCGAGCGUCCAGAGACUGGUGGGUGCGUUCACGAGCGCCGUGAGCACGGCGGAGGGAGUCGACGGCGGUCGGGUGUCGCAUGAGAGGCUGAAGAGCGUAGCCGAGGCGAUGCAGGUAAUGCUCGCCGCGACGAUGUGGCUUAUGCGGAUGGGCGGUGGCGAUCGUCGUGCCCAUUACAACACGUGGGUAUUCGUCCAGCUGACGGCGAAACCCACAUUAAUCGCAUCCAUGCAUCGCUCGUUCGACGCGCGUCGCCACAUCGUGCAGGCCGCAACUGCCAUCACGGAUAAGCUGGCGAAACCCCCGAUCACCUUGCUGGCCCCUCCACUGUACAUCCCGGACUGGGUGUCAAUCGGCGUGAAAUUUCUCGCACGACGCCACUUUGUCUUCCCCAAUGGAGGCUCAAAAGCUCCAUUGGUUGGGCACAGGGCCACCGGAAGACGGCGAUGACGCCACUGUGAACGACAAUA